AUGUCCAUCAGUGUGAAUCUGAGGAAGAUCUCCAACCUGCCGGGACGAUCUGACAGAAAGAUUGAGCUCUGCUUCAGAGGCUUCACCCAUAAAACCAAAGCCCUGCAGUGUGAGAACUUGGCCAUCUUCAACGAGCAAUUCCGUUGGCCCCAUUAUGGUAGAGAGAUCAGAGAUGAAGUUUUAUCUGUCAGCGUUUACAACUGCAGUAAAGUCUUCUCCAACAGACUGCUCGGUAAGCUGGUCAUCAGCCUCCAGCAUGUUGUUACCGCGGGGAGGGUGUUGCUACGGGAACCGCUCACUGAUGCCAACUACAGCCUGACUGAUAUCUAUAUCGAGUUGGAUAUUCGGUAUCAUCCAUAUGAGGGAACAGCAGGAAGUUGGGACGGACUGGACUUCCUGAAAGUCGAAGACCAGGAUGAAUCAGCGCUGGUCUUCAGGAAUGAAGGAUUUAAUGACCCUGAAAGUCAGCUGACUGUCGCUCGUACAGGUCCGCUGGAGAGAGAGGUUCGGCGUCUGGGGCGGAGCCUGGUCCGGACUGGGGAUGAGGAUGAAGAUGAAGAUGAAGAUGAAGAUGAUUUUGAUGAUGAUCUGAUGGACAUGGACUCUUCAGACAUCAUCUUCACUCCUCUGCUGAGUCGUUGCAGGCCUAUGUCCAGAAAUGUUGCUGCCGCGACCAGAGUCCAGAGCUUCCAGGUCAAUGUGAACAUCCUGGAGGCUCGGAAGCUGGUUGGUGUGAACAUCAACCCUGCAGUUUUCAUCAGAACAGGAGGUCAGAAAAAACAUACCGCAACGCAGAAAUCCACCAACUGCCCCUUCUACAACGAGAACUUCCAGUUUGAGUUUCAGGAUAGUCCACAGAUCCUCUUUGAUAAAGUCAUAGAGAUAAAGGUGUUCCACCGGCGGACUCUGGCCUUCCUGGUGACCCACAUUGGGACCUUUAAGAUUGACAUCUCCACCGUGUACAACCAGCCAGACCACCGCUUCUACCAGAAGUGGGCUCCUCUCACCGACCCGGCAGACACCAGGUCAGGGAUCAAGGGUUACGUCAAGGCCAGCCUCAGUGUGGUGAUGAAGGGAGAUGCUAUGAGCAUGACCAGUCUGCCAGCGUCCUCCUCGUCCGGAGCCAGUGAGGACAUAGAAAAGAACCUGCUGCUUCCUCGUGGUAUGGCCUCGGAGCGUCCGUGGGCUCGUUUCCGUGUCCGGAUCUACAAAGCCGAAGGUCUGCCCACCAUGGAGGCGGGGCUGAUGGCCAAGAUGUCAAAGGCCACUGACCGGACGGUCUUCAUUGAUCCCUACGUAAAAGUAACCUUCGCUGGACAACAGGGGGAGACAUCAGUGGGCAGCGCCACCAGCAGUCCAGUUUGGAACGAGGAAAUCUCUUUCAUUGAGCAGUUUCCUCCUCUGGCUCAGCGAAUCAGAGUCCAGGUCCUCGAUGACGUCAAGAUGGGCGACAUCGCCCUGGCAACGCACUUCUUGGACCUGCAUCAGAUUUCUGACCCCACCAGGAACGGGUUUAAUCCCACCUUCGGUCCAUGUUGGGUGAACCUGUAUGGUUCUCCUCAGAACUCCACCCUCGGAGACGUCCACCAGGCUUUGAACCAGGGUCUGGGUGAAGGCAUCUUCUACCGCGGUCGAAUCCUCCUUGCUCUCUGUGUGGAGGUUUACUCCUCCCCUGCUGCCGCCGCCCCGGAUACAAGCUCUGCCGCGUUGGGAAAGGUAAAGGGAGCCUUCGGGAAGCUGGGAGUGAGGAAGAAGAGGAGCAGCAAGAAGGAGAAGAAUAAGGAAGUGUCUUCGAGCGGAUUGGUUGAGGACUCAGGGGAAGCGGGAGUUGAGGUACCAGAGGCUGUUACCGUGGAGGUCGAGGAGACCCACCCACUUCCUGAGGGUUUCCUGGGACGCAGGGAGGAAUUUCUGUUGUUCGCGUCUCUGUUUGAAGUCACUAUGAUGGACCCCUCUGUAGGAACCAGACCGGUGACCUUUGAACUCUCCAUAGGGAACUAUGGGAAGGCAGUGGGGAUUGGGAGAUCCAAGAAGAGCCAGAGCAGGGAGGAGCUGAGAAGGAGCAGGGAGGAUCUAAGUGAGGAGGCGCAGGGUCUACUGGAGUCAGAGGAAGAGCUGGACAGAGAGGAAGUGCUGAGUCCCGAACCUGAGAACAGAUCUGUAACUGCUCCUGCAAGACCCCAGCCCACCGAGUAUGACAGGUCGUUCCAGUGUCUUCCUCUCCAGCCUCCCUCAGAGAAACAGAAGCCUUGUCUGUUUGUCUGGAGUCAGUUUGAAGAUCACAGCUUUCGUCUCUAUCAGGCGAACUGGCUCAGUAAGACAGCGGACAGGCUGGAGAUUGGUCUUGAUGACGUGGAAUGUCUCUUGAGGAGGCCAAGGAGUAAGGCAAAGGAACGUUUGGUGGAGGUGCUGCUGGAGCUGGUGGCCUCCUGCAAACAGUUUAAUGUUUUAUCAGACAGGAGGUCUCAGUCACGUCCCAACAACCUGGACAGAUGCAGGAAGGAGUUUAUCAAGAAGCAUUUGGUCUUUCUGGCCAGACAUGCAGUGAGGGUCAGGCGGAGGAUCACCAGGCGGACGGCCAAACAGCGGUUGAUGGAUACCAGGAAACUCCUGCGGAAACUCCGCCUGCUAGCUAAAGAGCCCCAGACUACCAUCCCGGACGCAUUUCUAUGGUUACUGAGUGGAAGCAAGCGAUUGGCUUACGUCAGGAUCCCUGCCUACUCCAUCCUCUUUUCAUUGGUUGAGGAGCAGAGGGGUCGGGACUGUGGCAGAGUCACCACCCUCUACAUGAAGUCUCCAGGAAGUUCAGCAAGUGAGAUCUUUGCAAAGCUGGAGGUCUACCUGUGGCUCGGUCUGGCCAAGUACAGUAAAGAGGUGACCAACUGCUUGCCGGAGGAGUUUCGGCCGGUCUAUGAGAAAGAGGAGGACGAGCAGAGGAGGCUGGUCCCAUCGGGGAAGACGAGGCUUCCUCUUAGUCUGUCCUGCCAGGACAGCAGGUACUUCCAGCUACGAUGUCACAUGUAUCAGGGCCGUGGCCUGAUAGCUGCUGAUGAUAACGGCUUAUCGGAUCCUUUCGCCAAGGUCGUCUUCUCUACACAGUGUCAGGUCACCAGGGUAGGUACAGGGACAAUCUCUCCAGCGUGGUGUGAGUGUUUGUUAUUUGACAGAGUUUUGCUGGAGGGAACGAGGGAGGAGCUUGAACAAGACCCGCCCCUCAUCACCAUCAACAUCUUCGACCAGGAUGCCAUGGGCAGUCCGAAGCCUCUGGGUCGGGCGUUUGCGGAGCCGGAGUUUAAAACCGUGGAGCAGUACUACAAGAAGCCCAACCUCCGUUUCUAUGACAUCAGCAUAGGCAGGGCCCCCGCUGGCGAGCUGUUGGCCGCCUUCGAGCUCAUCGAGCUGGACUACUCUGGGUUUGGAGAGCCCUGCGUCCCCAGCAGUGUGGACCCUCAGGAGCUGACCUACCUGGAUGAGCAGAGAUAUUACAUCAUCCCAGAUGGAGUCCGCCCUGUUCUUAAGACCUUCAGGAUCGAGGUGCUGUUCUGGGGUCUGCGGGAGCUGAAGCGGGUGCAGCUUUUUGAGGUGGAGCGCCCCCUAGUGAGGGUGGAGUGUGCAGGACGACAGCUGGAGUCUGAAGAGAUUGAGAGCUACAACACUCACUCCAACUUCAAAGAGCUGGUCCGCUAUAUCGACGUGGAGCUGCCGGAGCAGACCUACCUCCACCCUCCUCUGACGUUGUUCGUGGUGGAGCAUCGGGCGUUCGGUCGGCUCGCUCUGGUCGGGACCCAUGUGGUCCAGAGCCUCAUGGACUACGGCCCGCGAGAGCUCGGGGGGGAGGAAGAGGAGGAAGAGGAAGAACCAAAACCAAAACCAAAAGUGAGGCAGAACGCGAAGAAGAUCAACGCUCUGAAGUCAGUGAACCGUUUGGGACUCAGCAGCCUGAAGAUCAAACAGACAACGAUCCCCUUAAACCCCAUGAAGCUGGUCAAUGCUCCUCUGAAGAUGAUUAAGAAGACUAAAGAGCUUGAGGAGGAGACGCCUGAGAAGGAGGAGUUGGAUUGGUGGUCCAAAUACUACGCCUCACUGGAGGAGAUGGAGAGAGAGGCUGCUAAACAGCAGGAGGAGGAGGAGAUGGAGGAACGCGCAGAGAACGAUGGAGGGAAUCUGACCAUGGCGAACAUCGAAGAAGAGGAGGAGGAGGAAAUCGUGGUAGUGGAGAUUGAGCCUCCGAAACGCAAGAACAUUGCCACAAUAAAGCUGUAUGGAGGGGAGCUGGAGUCAGAGUUCAGUCAGUUUCAGGACUGGCUGAAGAUCUUCCCGCUGUAUAAAGGCAGAGCGAACAUUGAGGGUGACGAGGAGGACGAAGAGGAGAGGCUGAUGGGAAAAUACAAGGGCUCCUUCCUGGUUUAUCCGAUUGAUUCAGGAGAUGAAGAAGACACAAAGUGUCUGAUCACCAACGGGAUCCCCAAAAACUCACCGAUCAAAGUCUUGGUCCGAGUCUACAUCAUCAAGGCCACCACUCUGGCUCCCACGGACCCGAAUGGUAAAGCCGACCCGUAUCUGGUGAUCCGAGCUGGAAAGCAGAGCCUGGACACCGUAGAUCGAUACAUCCCCAAACAGCUCAACCCAACGUUCGGAGAGGUGUUUGAAAUCACAGUGUCUUUCCCACUGGAGACGGAGUUGGUCAUUACAGUGAUGGACCACGAUCUUAUCGGGGCUGAUGACGUCAUUGGCGAGACGCGGGUUGACCUGGAGAACCGGUUCUACAGCCGCCACAGACCGUCCUGCGGUCUGGCUCUUUACUACGACACUGACGGUUACAAUACGUGGCGCGAUGCGAAGAAGCCGUCUACCAUUUUGGCUGAGCUCUGCAAAAAGAACGGCAUCCUGUCUCCAGAGUACAGAACAUCUGAGGUCAAAGUCCUCAACAAAAUCUUCAAGAUCCCACCUGACGCAGUACCUGAAGAUCUGCUGAAGAAGAACCAGCGGUCUCCAGAGGAGGAGGCAGAGAUGGAGGAGCACGCAGCACUGAGCGUGCUGCAGUGCUGGGGGGAGAUGAACGAGUUCCUCCCUGGAGCCAUUCCUCUGGUGCCAGAGCACGUUGAGAUCCGGUCCCUGCUGAACCCGGACAAACCUGGCCUGCCACAGGGUUACCUUCAUAUGUGGGUGGACAUGUUCACUAAUGAUGUCCCGGCUCCGCCCCCUGUUGACAUCAAACCACGCCUACCUGAACAGUAUGAGCUGCGAGUGAUCAUCUGGAACACCGACGACGUCUUUCUGGACGAUGUGAACCCGUUCACCGGUAUCCCGUCCUCAGACAUCUAUAUGAAAGGCUGGAUUAAAGGACUGGAAGGAGAAAAACAGGAGACUGACGUCCACUUCAACUCUCUGACUGGAGAAGGAAACUUCAACUGGAGAUUUGUCUUCCGCUUCGACUACCUUCCUACUGAGAAAGAGGUGGUGUACAAGAAGAAGGAGUCCUUUUUCUCUCUGGAGGAGUCGGAGUUUCGACAGCCGUCUGUUCUGACGCUGCAGAUCUGGGACUACGACCGCAUCGCUGCCAACGACUUCCUGGGCACCAUAGAGCUACGUCUCAACGACAUGGUGCGAUCGGCUAAGUCCUCCAGUAAGUGCACGAUUCAGAUGGCGAAGGAUCGGGCCAGCCCUCGAUUCUCCAUCUUUCGAGCUAAGAAGAUGAAGGGCUGGUGGCCACUGAUCCGCCAGAAGACGGCCGAAGACUUCGAGAGGGAGGAGAAGGAGAAGGAGGAGGCCAAGAAGAAAGGAAAGAAGAAGAAGAAGAAGGACAAGAGGAGUAAGAUGAGACAGGAGGACAUCCAGUACACCGACAGCAGCGGCAACACUUUCCUGCUCAUGGGAAAGGUGGAGGCGGAGCUGCAGCUGGUGACAUUAGAGCAGGCAGAGGCCAACCCUGUGGGGCGGGCCCGCAAGGAGCCGGAGCCUCUGGACAAACCAAAUCGUCCCUCCACCAGCUUCAGCUGGUUCGUCAACCCGAUGAAGACCUUCAUCUUCCUCAUCUGGAAGAAGUUCAAGAAGUUCAUCAUCGCUCUGGUCAUCCUCGUCAUCCUCACGCUCUUCCUCGGCCUCAUCGUCUACACGCUGCCACAGCAAAUCACCUCCCUCAUCGUCAAAGGAUGA